AUGAAGAAAGUGCAUUCAAAGACGCCUAGUCCUCAUAUAUACGCAGUCAGCGAUAUUUCGUUUGAUUCGCAGGAAAAGAAUCAGUUUGCUAAAGAGCAAUCGAGCAGCGCGGCGGAGAAACAGUGGAAAGCGAUCAAAUGGCUGUCUGUUGCAAGUGUCUUCGUUUCCGUCGUUGCGAUCGUUCUAGCAAUCGUGGCCGUGGCUUUGUCGAAGUCUGCUUGCUCGUGCGACAAGAAUCCGACUGCAGAAAAAAUACAAGGUGUGAGUUUUCCAUUUCCACUUAGAGAAGAUGGUUCCAAAAACUCUACCGUGUUCAACACAACUAUCAUACACAUUGGAGAGAUUGAUGCAGAAAUAGCGGACAUCAUGCAAUUUAUUCAUACGUUGAGGCCUAACGUCACAAAUCCGUUUACAAGGCAUCAGCCAAAAAUUGAAAAGAAGGAGAGGGCUCUAACCGUCAGAACAACAAACUCGAAAGAGAAUUGCUCCAACAGUACCAUUGGUUCCAUCUAUUUCGACCCUCUGUACGACCAUUUGAUUAUCUGCAAUGGAAUAAACUUCAAAAUGAUACAAAUGCAUUCAAUGAUCGAUGGCAACAGCUGUUUACAACUAUACAACGAUGGGUUUUCGUCCUCCGGGGUGUAUAGGUUGAGACAGAGAGAUGGAAGACCGCCAUACAAAGCAUAUUGCGAUAUGAACGGAGGAUGGACUCUCAUUAUGAAAAUCGAUGGUAGGAAAAGCACAUUUCUAUACAACAGCUACUUGUGGACCAGUGCAAUAGAUACUUACAAUGCCGAUGCUGUUGACCUCAACGAUGAUCGAGAGGUCAAAUUGGCUUCAUUCUGGGCACUCCCGUUUACAGAGAUGCUUCUAGGCAUGAAACACAACUCACGUAUCAGGUGGAUAACCGUCUCUAAAAUAGCUAAUUCGCUGUACAGCCUAUUGAUUGAUGGUCAGUAUCGAAGCUUUUCUAAAAACUUAGGAAAAAAGGAGUGGAUGGCCAUGAUCCCAGGAUCAUCUCUUCAGACAAAUUGCAAUCGGGAGGGUUUCAAUGUCUUGUCGAGUGGUACUAGAUACGGAGUUCGCAUUGGUAUGAUUGCGAACAAUGAACGCGAUUGUGCUUCAGCAGAUUCGCGUAUUGGCUUCGGAGGCAGAGGAGACGCUUGUGGUCCGCCCGAAGCAGCGAACAACUCGUGUGGAAAUGUAUCUCCCCUCUCGAGAUGUGCUCCCAGCGGUCAUGCUCCAGUAAACAUUCCCGUAUUUGGAUACAUAUUGGCACGUUGAAACGGCAAUGCCAAAAUUAUUAGCUAAAUUUUUCUGUUAGCGCAUGCAUGCACGUUCCUAGACUGACACUAAAGGAUUCGUAGGAAUGACGACAUGGAACAUUGAGAUGAUUG